UUCUUAUAAUAUAUUAUCACAUCCAACAUUCAAUAAUAUAAACACAAAUGUCCGCCAAUGUUGCUCAUACUUCUUGAAUGUUUUAUCUAUGCUGUACAAUAAACAAUGUAAACAAUGAAAAAAUAGAAUGUUAUCGAAGACGAUGCAGAUCAAAUCCACUAUCAACGACCAAAAUAUAAUUAUCGCUCCCUUGGGCCAGACAAUUUUUUAAGAAUCCUCGCUUGUUUUGCCAUUUACAUUAUUCCAAACUCUUACUUACCCUUCUCCCCUCGGUAUCCUCGUCUUUCCUCUUCUUCUUCUUCUUCUUCUUCUUCUUCUUCUUCUUUCUUAUUUUUUCUUGCUCCUGAUCGCGCGGCGCAUUGAUGAGUGACGCCAAAGUAGUUGCGCUCGACUCUACCGACGGUCACGAUCAUCAACGUAUAUUCUCCAUUAGCGUCUUUCAGAUUCGGUUAUUCAACCUCGCUUGAUUCAACGCACGUCUCUUAUCGUAAUCGUGAACUCGAGAGAGUGAAUUUCGUCAAGGUCAGCAGAAGCAUCCGCUUGUCCCGACAUGAUUCCGAGAUACGACGUGGGAAGUGCGAUGUCUUUGCAGAGGAUACCCCUUCAGUCACCUCCAAGACAAGUCGGCAAUAUUCCGUCGCCAAUGAACUCACGAAAAUUGGCUAACGAGCACAUGGAAUUUCCAAACAUACAAAGUACAAAUUCCACAAUAACUAGCGUCAACAGCAUUAGUAGCCUAUUGAAGGAAAAGCUACAAUGGUCGAUACCUCAAGCUCUACGAAGCAAUAAGAAAAGACAGAAUGCAGAUUACAGGCUUCGAGGAUUCGUUGGUUUUCUAUUCUUGUGCGUUGUAUUUUUAGUUGGAUUUGCACAUAUAUACUACACUCAACAUGUGUUGCAGCGAGCUUAUUUCGAUAAAUUUAGGUUUAAUAAAAACGAAAGACUAAUGCACGUGUACAACAGUGUCGGGGUAGAGAUAAUAGCAGCGCGCCUUGGGGUAGGCAUACCAACCGACACAGGAGUAUUUUCAUGCCUACCUCAACAUCAGCGCACCGAUAAGGUUUGCCUUGAAUGGCUACAACACUCGAGGCUUUAUCUCGGUCACACUAAACGAGAUUCCAUAAAUUGCUAUCACGUUACUUGGCAGAGUCUCAAUUACGGUGUGAAUCCCAAGGAUUGCUUCGACUGGUCACCAAAACGGGGUCACUGGUAUGGCGCUGGUCAAGUUCAAAACAUGGCCUACCCACUGGAGCAGGGAAGACUCGACCCGAGUCCCUUUAUCACUGGUGAUAUAAGGAAGCAUCCGUUCGGCAAUGUUCUCAAGCGGUACUUUCUUAAUUCAAAAGGUGCCACUAUUACCGUCGAUCCGGAAACACCUCUUUACGUAUCGAUCAAUGUCACGCAAAAGAAGGAAUUGUGUUUCACGGCAAAGCACGAUGCCUUUGCUUACAUUAAUCAUUUAACGACGUUUCCCCAAUUGAAUUACUCAAUUUGUACGACGGAUAAUAUGAGGACUCUUCACUCAUCGAUGGUGGAAAAAUUCCUUUGGGAUGGUCUGAAACCGGAUGAGUUGCAAGCUGUGCCCUCGUUACUCACCGAGCCCGUUUGGCAAAUCUCUCCCACCAACGAGGCAGAUAUUUACAAUUACACCGAGGACGUUAUAGCACUAGGAUUCCUCAGACAGGGGCACGUGCUCCUUAGCGAAGAAUGGCAACCGAGUUCGGGGGACUUUGUCCUCGAUGAAACGCGAUUCAAGUCUAUGAAAGAUACGAUCGAUGUCAUUCAUCGACGAGGUUUUCGAAUCGUAUUUACCGUUCAGCCAUUUAUUUCAGCAGAGUCAGAGAAUUUCAAAGACGCUGUAAAUAAUAGGCUGCUUAUUUCUGAACGCGGAAGUGAUCCAAGAAUACCAGCUUUAACCAGAUAUAAACAAGUUAAUAGCGCUGGAGUUUUAGAUAUUACUAAUAACAAGACCCUCCCUUGGCUUCAAAAUAAACUGGAAUUGUUGAUAGAUAAAUAUCACGUUGAUUCGUUUUACUUAGACUUGGGCACCGCUCAGGAUAUGCCACAUUAUUACAAAUGCGAGCAGCCUUUGACCAAUCCCGAUCAUUAUAAAACCUUAUUUGUCAAUUCUAUCUUGGGAUCAAUUCCAGUUAUUGGUGUCUCCAGUGCCAUAGCCCGACCAAGAGCGCCUGUUUUCGUGUCGCUGCCACCGUUUCCAUCGUCUUGGAAAGCCAUCAAGACAGUAAUACCAACUGUACUUAGUUAUGGAAUCAUUGGUUAUCCUUUUAUUAUGCCUGGUGCUGUUGGAGGAGACGUGGCAUUGCCAAUGUCCGAUAAUAAUCCAGACAAUGAUUACGAAGUUAAUUUGCCCGACAAAGAGCUAUAUAUUAGGUGGCUGCAGCUGUCAACGUUUCUACCAGUGAUUCGAUUCACGCACCUGCCUAGCAAAUAUUCCGAUGAAAGUGUCCUCGAAAUAGCCAAGAGCCUGACGACUCUGCGACAGAAAACCGUGACACCUCUGUUGAAAAAAUAUGCCAACGUUACCUUGGACACGGGGCUGCCGAUAAUCAGGCCCUUGUGGAUGCUCGACCCCGCGGAUCCAGCCUGCCAUUUAGUAGUAGACGAAUUCUCCGUUGGCGAAGAGCUUAUCGUAGCUCCGAUUCUCCAUUCCGGAAGUCGACAGCGUGAGGUUUAUCUGCCGGCCGGCGUAUGGAAAGAUGGAAUCGACAAAAGCCUGAGGAAAGGUUCGCGUUGGAUUCACAAUUAUAGAGUCGCCGAAGACAAAGUUGCGUACUUCGUUAAAAUGCCCGAUGACAUGAGAUUCUGACUGUACAUAUAUUGUGUAGCGAGAUGGAAAUUUAAGGAAAACUGUCUCUGUUAUACUACAUCUCUUAUUGUUCAUUUUAUAUAUUUUGCCCAUCGACACUUAUCAAAGAUCAUUGAAUGACAAAGUACAAAAAUCGUGAUUGAGACGAUAUGUAUUUAUAAUUUUCCUCUAAUAAUAUUUAUUUUACACACGACUGACUUCAGUUUAAUUGCAAUUGCACCUAAAAGAUUUGUAUUUAGCUAUUUCAAAGAAUAAAUAUAAAAUAUAUUAUUAGGUGUAUACUCAUUUUGCUUAACGUUAACAUUAAAAUUGAGUAUUUCAGACUCGUUAAAUCAUUCCAUCGAAUAUGAAAUUGGCAAUAAAUAGUAAUAAUAUUGUAAGAUUAUCCAAGUGCAGAAGGUAAAUAAAUUUCAUAA